AUCUUGCUAUGAAAUGUCAAAUUAAGUACAAAAAAUCUUUUCAUCAUUUGCUUGAUACUUUUCAAGCAUUUUAAACUUAGUUCCUUUUCCUCGUGGUCAAAAAGUUGAACAUUCCUUGCAAAUAUAAGAAACACGUAUUCAUUUAUAAUAUCGCUCAUAUAGUCAACUUGUAAAAUGAAUAAUAAUAUAAUAAUUCGAAACUGUUUCGAUGAGAAUUUAACUCCAAUAAAAAUAGAAUAUUUUAAUCCAUUAGAUGGUAGAAGGGUGGUUUCACAACCAUAUCGGCCCCCUACAGUAGAGCCCCCCUCAACAAAGAUUAAUUACAAUGUAUCUUAUAUUCCUCAAAUCGCUAUAAGAGGAGAAGAAACCAUUAAAAAAGAACCAACGGAAGAGGUCGUUUUGGUCAAUGGAUGCUGGGACACAACAAAUAAAAUUCCAAAUAUAGUAGCUGAGAUGCAUGUUAAUACCAACGAACUCGGCGGCAUUUAUAACAUUUCCAUGAAAAAUGGUGAUCUAACGGAUUCUCCGCGUGACGUCACCAUUCCAAGUCCACGCGGUUCAGAUAGCGGCAUCGAAUCCGAUUGCACUGAAGGAAAUCUUUCGUGGCUUUUGAAUUAUAAAAUACAGGAAUUGCCUCCGGUUCCAGAUGUUUCUGCUGUUGAAAACGUAAAUCGCAAUGUCCAAAGAGUAUUCCAUCAAGAAAAUUCAAAUGAUGCUUCGUUUCGACCGCGCAUAGUUCAGGUGCCAACUAUAAUAAAAGCGUGUGAAAUUAAGAAUCAAGGACAUUCGUACAGAUAUUCAGAUCUUAAAAAGCCGCCCUUCACUUACACCGAAUUAAUAGAAUACGCUUUGAGUGAAAGAGGAGAACUGACUGUUUCCGGUAUCUACCAAUGGAUAUCGGAUCAUUUUCCAUUUUAUAAACAAAAUGACGACAGAUGGAAGAAUUCCGUUAGGCACAAUUUAUCGAUAAACCCACAUUUUAGGAAAGGAGGGAAAGCAGUUCAAGGGGCCGGACAUCUUUGGACGAUUGCACAGAAAAACGAUAAGAAAUGUUCGCAAAUUAAACAAAGAAUAAGCCAGUUCUUCCAAAAUUCGUCUAGCGAAAUGAAACCGCAAGAUAAUAUCGAAAAAGAAUUACAAGCAGCGACAGAAAGUAUUCUUGGCGAAAUCAACGGUCGAAAUUACAAUAUCGAUCCCUCCAGAAGUACUAAUAUAGAAGUUGAGUAUAUCAAUCUAGGAGAUCCAAACAACGGCUUAGAAGAUUUUUUGGCACCCCCAGUGUCGAAGCAAGACAUCGUCAACGAAUGCGGUCUAGGUAAUGACAUCUUCAUUACCGAUAUCAAUCCAAAUGUUCUGGGAUUGAACUUGGUGGAGUCCGAGGGAAUGGUGGACACCUACGAGGAUGUCUUCGAGUACUAUACAGCGAAAGAAUAAAUGAAUCGUGUAGAAGUUUUGCUUGGAAUGGCUCAAAUUUUUUGUACCUAACAUGAAUUGGUUUGUUUUUAUAUAGGAUCUAGUUAAUUUUAUACAUUAGAUGAUAAUAUGUGUGUUAAAUGUUUUUAAUUCUAGAUUGAGUUUCUAUUUAACUCUAAAAUCUGUUCAAAUAAAUUGACAGUUUUAGCCAAUUUAGUUUGCAUAAAAAAAAAAUGUACAUACAUUCCAUUUUUCUUGUACUUCAAGUUUUAAUAUUUGAAAUGGAAAUAUUUUUAUACAUAACUGGUUUCCAGGUCAAUGUGUUUAGAGUAAAUUUUAUUUUUAGAUUAUAACAG